AUGGGCAAAGCACAUCUUGCUGUCGAAUACAAGAAGAAGAUGUUUUCUGUGAAGUUUGUCGCCGUCGACAAAGACGUAAAGCCAGUACCAGGCCUUUCUUCAUGCAUGGAAAUGAACUUGAUCAAGCCGGUGGUCAGAGUUGAAAAAGAAGAGAAAGCCCUUACUUCACAGAUAUUCAGUGAGUUCGAGUAUACAUUCAAGGGUCUUGGGAAGAUCAAGGGCAUCAAAACAUCAUGUCAACGCGGACGACUCUAUAAACUGUGUUUCUAUCCCAAACUGGACAUCAAUGAAGACUCUGGAAUCCGAUGGGAAAUACAUCAGAGACUUAAGGGCACUUUUAAGUCAUGUUUCGCCUACACAGCUAAAACGAUGGCAGUAUCUGGUAACAUAACUGCCAAACCAAAUUCAGCCGACGCCAUUUACGACGCCAUUGUCUUUGUGCCAGAUGGACCUACAACAGUAUUUACAGUUAUCCGUGACAAAGUAAGAAGCAAGCGAGAAGUACUUGAGUAUAACCAAACACUCGCAAAAGGUGUUGUCGCAUCCGUCCGAAGAUACGCAAAGGAACAGUUUAGUGUGGUUUUUGGACUGAUGACAGAAUCUGACCUCAUGGAUGAUUACAAGUUUAAGGAUGCUAUCAAUGCAAUAAAGGUUGAAACGUCCAAAUGGUGCGUCCCCGUGACACUAAGCAUGUCAGAUAAGAAGUUCAAGGAAGUCACCAGUGCAUUUCUGUUAUCAGUUGCUUUUACUAAUUGCGUUUUCUCAGAGGAUGACGUUAAUUCGCUGUAUUGUCUCUCGCUCGAGCAGUUUCGGGUCCUUACCGAAAAUAUUGACCACAACCAAGUGGUGGUGAAUUCAACACCUUCUUGUGGAGGGGAUAUCCUCUUACUUGAGAUCGCCAAAAGACUAGAGAAGUCAGGCCCAACAACAAUUGUCGCAAAGUCAGAAGCAUUAAUAAAGACUGCACGGAGGUUGUCCAUUUGUAAGGAUCAUAUUAUCCCUGCUGAUCAUCUGGAAAGCAGAACUUUGUCUGACAUUGUCAAUGUGGUGGCAGACUGUGAUAUCUCUGACAAGGUUCAAGGCAUCGGCAAUCUAGGGAGGAUCUGGUAUUUUAUUCGUGGAGAUGAUGAUGACGAUGAUGGUGAUGAUGCAAGUUGCAGUGUCGAUCAAGUAGAACCUACACAGCAUCAUACUUCAUUUGCUGCUGCUGCUGCUGCUGCUGAUGAUGAUGAUGAUGACGAUUACGAUGAUGCCAGUUCAAGUGUCGACCGACCAUGCCUUGGACCAGAUAAAAUUGCAGCUGCUGGUGGGUAUUUUGCUAUCAGCUAUCUGUAA